AUGAAGCAGGAUGAUAGUAGUGUCUUACCGAAUGAAGACUCAUUUACAUUUCAGCCUCAAAUUAAUCCAAAUAGUCGUAAAAUUGCAAAUAGUUUGAGAAAGAAAUCUAUCUUAAAACUAUUUGAGAUAUUGUCAAAUGGUUCUGAAGUAAUAAACUUAAUGGAUAUUUAUAAAUAUACGGACCCAAGUACAAGGAUUUUAGAUACACAACAAGUUAUUUCAAUUCAAUAUUUCAUACCAUUUGUAAUAAGUAAAGCGAUUCACUUGCCAGCAAAUGAAAUACCUGAAUCUAUUAGUGAAGUAUCAAAUUUAGUUGUUAGUAAAUUUAAUAAUAAUCCAUUAUAUUUUGAGCUGGAUAAUAAGAUGUGCCUUUUUAUUAGUCGCAUCUCAUUCUUAAAACUAAUGCUUGACUAUAUACGAUCUUCUAAUGGAAAAAGAUAUCCAAUUAAAUUUAAUAUAAAUACUGAUAAGCACCAAAGUAGUGAUUAUCAAGACAAAAGAAGUAUAGAUAUAAAGAAGAAUAGUAUAAAAGCCGGAAGUCAGAAAGUAAAAUUACAAAAUAACUCAACAGUAUCCAAUAUUGGUCCAAGGAUGGAGAAAGCAAUAAGUAACUAUUUUGAAAAAUUAAAGAAAUUAGAAGAGCAGAGAAAUGCAGAACAAAAAUUUGAUUUAAACCCAGAAUGCACAUUUAGCCCAAAUUUAAUACCAUCGAUGUACACAAAAACUAACCAGUCAUCCAAAUUUUAUAGCAAAGAUGCGUGUAUGACAAUAUUACGCAAAUAUCUUGAGCUUGAUACUGGAGAUGACAAAAAUAUAGAGUCAUAUUUCAAUUCGUUGAAAGAGUGCACUUUUCAACCUAAUAUUGAGAAAUUCUUGGCUGAGAGUGUAAAACAAGAAAUGAUGAAUGCUGCUAUUCUUAGAAAAAUGAACCCUUGCAAAAGUAUACAAAAUUAUAGUAGUAUUAUUGAAGAGGAAUGGCAAGAUGCAAUUAAGACUUUAAUAAGGGAAAAUCCAAAGAAGCAUUGUAGAUUGGUACUUUAUUCAAAAAACCAAAGACCAAAAAAAAGCAGAGCAAUUUACGAUUGGCAAAAAAGUGAACAAGGUCCAGUAUAUAGAAACUGUAUUAAAAGCUGUAGUAAGAGUAAAUACGUUUCAAAUGGAGCGGAAAGUAAAAAGUAUUCACCUUAUAAAUGGGAAGAUGACUUGCGGUCAUAUAAUGACAGAUAUGAUAUUGGACUAAUUAAAAAUGAUGUUAACCAUACAGAAAGUACUGAAAUACUCUCUGAAAAAAUUAAGUUGAGAAAUAAUAAUUGGAAUAGGUACAUUAGAUUGAAAGAUAGGCAUUUGCAAAGCCUAGUUAUAGCAAACAUAGAUAUCCUUAAAGACAUAGAAAACAACCAGAUGGAAAAUUCUGCUUCAACUAAUAAAGCAAGAUUCUAUGCAAAUACAAUUGAAUUAGUUAGUCCACCAGCUGUAAUUGCUAUUAAGAAAGAUAUUGUUAAGUAUUUGGAGGCUGAGCUAUCAAAACCUUUACCAAACUUAAUUGAGCUUUAUGGUAUUGAUGAUUAG